GAAUUAACCUGUGCUGACAAGCUCUCCUAUAUGCACGUAUGCUAUGUAUAUGACCUCGUGAUUUUUAUUUAAGACCUUUGACCGGAGAGGCUGCUUGCUCAUCCCCCUAGCCAACGACACCUCUCAGAAAUCCUUCAACCCCGUAUGGACCCAACGCAGUAGACUUUUAAACCGGCGAACUUCGGCUAGAGGUGCAACGUAGCAGCCUAGUUCCGCCCUAACCUUGCUGACCGUCAUGAAUCAGCAAUACAACCGUGCGGGGUCGUCCUUCGGCGUGCAAGCUCCGCCGGUGACUUACUCCCAAGAACUCCUGUUGAGCCACUUGUCCAAGAAUAGCGCGGCGAGCCAGCAGGAUGUCAGCAAGGGCACAUCGACAGGGAGGGUUAUGCUGGCAGACCUUACCAACAAUGGGCAGAGCCUGCAGCGGACGGCCGACCGGAAGGCGCUGUCCCAAUUGAGUGCUCAGCCCACAUCAUUCAGUCAGCCUCAGAGGUCGCAGCACAGCUAUGCGCCCUCAAUCCCUCACGCUGCCUUCUCUGACCCGCGCAUUAUCGAUGGGGUCCGGCAGUCAGGCGAGAGGAAGAAGGCCUGGAUUGACGUGGAUGCGCUUAACCACGAUGAUCCCCAGGCUGUAAGCCAUUACGCUUGCAGCAUCUUUGAGUACCUGCGCGAAGCUGAGCUGUUGCGGCGUCCCAACCCCGACUACAUCUCCACCCAGCCGGAAAUCAACUCGAAGAUGCGCACUAUCCUUGUGGACUGGCUGGUUGAGGUGUCGGAGGAGUAUCGCAUGGUCCCCGACACCCUGUACUACGCGGUGAACUUCCUGGACCGCGUGCUCAGCGUGCAGCGCGUGGCGCGAUCCCAGUUGCAGCUCGUAGGCAUUACUUGCAUGUGGAUUGCUGCCAAGUACGAGGAGAUCUAUCCGCCGAACGUCAGCGAGUUCUCGUACAUCACGGAUAACACGUACAGCCGCGAGCAGCUUGUCGCCAUGGAAGAGGAUAUCCUCAAAAAGCUGAAGUACGAGCUGACGGUACCCACCGCCAAGACCUUCCUGCGUCGGCUGCUCCAGGUUUGCAACCCCGAUGACCAGCUACACUUCGUGUCCAACUACUUGACGGAGAUUUCGCUGAUGGAGGCUUCCAUGCUCAACUUCCUGCCAAGCGAGAUUGCCGCGGCAGCCGUCUACCUCGCCAACCUCAUCCUGGCGCGCGCCCCAUGGUCCCCGACCCUGGAGCACUACUCGUACUACACGCCAGGGCAGUUUGCGGACUGCGUGGAGGCGCUCGCGGAGCUCCACAUCCAGGUCAACUCCCGAGCGCAGGGUGGCGAGCUUACGGCCCUGUACGACAAGUACAGCCACAGCAAGUUUCUGAGCGUGUCGCGUGUCAGCCCGCUGCCCAUGACGGUCGUAAGCCAGCACCUGGCCAUGAUGAUGAGCGAGAACAGCACGAGCAUCGUAAGCGCUCGCGGCUAGCGUGGUGGGCUUGGGCCCUGGAUGGCUGCUUGGGGCGACGUGACAUAACCUGUUGCAUUCAACACAGUGACGGUGCUGCUCCUAGGUUACGGGGUAGACAUAUGAGUAACCUAACAUGUUAGUGGCUAGUUUCGUGAUGCGUGAUGACGGAUAGAUUUACCAGCGACGAUUCGCUAGUGAGAUACCAAUAUUUUGUCCUUCACAUAUAUAAGGGGAAGGGCCAUGCUCUCAACGGUGCGCUGCGCUGCUUGAAGUUUUGACUUUUAGAAGACAAGAAACUAGACGAAUGUGUGCUGUUUUGGACUCCUGCGACCUAAAGGUCCAAGUGUUGACGGACGGCUGACAAGUCCGCACGUACGACCAAGUGCGUCAAUCUUUUUUACAUAUGCAUUCUUUGCGCAACUCGCUACUUAUAAUGUACUUCCUCUUUUCGUGUAUCUCUGUAGAGACGGGGAGACUGGAUGUCAUGCGCCGGAGAGCGUGCAUGCAAUCGUUUGUGCCCUUGCAAUCCCAAGCCAUACCCAGGCCUGGUGUGUAACAUGGGGCCGUGCGUUUCGACUGUCAAUGACGAAGGA